AUGGAGAACGACCCUGUGAUGUCACGUCCGGCCGACAUUUCGGCGCUGCAGUCGAACAUCAAGACGAAGGGCAAGAACAGCUACUACUACGCACACAAGCAGCGCGAGAACGUGGAGAUCCACGAGUGGGAUGGCAAAGCAGCGCCGCGUCUCCUCAAGACGCAGUCUUUGACGGUUCUCGAGCCAGCUGAAGUAACAGAAGCGGUUUCCAGCUUUGCGUGGGCAGACGGCAAGAAACGUGUGUCCGUGUACCUGAAACUGCCGGGUAUUGGCUCUCACUCGGAAGAAGAUACGCACAUUGACUGGACUGCGACGAGUUUGACGGUCAAGAUCAAGAACUUGGACGGCAAGACGCGCUUGUUUGUGGUGGCCAAGCUGUACGCCGAGAUCUCGGACGUCAAGACGAAGCGAUCGGAGGACCAGCUCGUGCUGCACCUCGUCAAGACCGAGCAGCUGAGCUGGGCCUCAUUGAAGAAGGACGCUGCGUAG